ACCGCGUGGGAACCAGAACAACGCCUCGAGUCCAUAUAAAUGUGGCCGGAGCAGCGGUUCGGCACCGGAGAAUGGUACAAAUACAAACGCCGCAUCGCAAGACCAGACGCUGGAUCUGCCGGUCCUUUAGUUUUUAUUUAUUUUUUCCCCUUUCUCCAGGUGUGUUAUUGUAGCAAACAGUCCUAAUUCGAAAAGAUGGCCACGUCGUCCAGCGCGAGCUUGAGCAAAGUCAUCAAGCGGCAGUACAUGGAGCUGCCCCAGGGCGACCAAGUGCAGGCCAUGUACAUCUGGGUCGACGGAACCGGAGAGGGGCUGCGGUGCAAAACGAGGACUUUGGAUUUCGAGCCCAAAAGCGUUGACGAACUUCCUGAAUGGAACUUCGACGGUUCCAGCACUUACCAGGCCGAAGGCUCCAACAGCGACAUGUAUCUCAUUCCUGCCGCCAUGUUCCGUGACCCCUUCCGCAAGGACCCAAACAAGCUGGUGCUCUGCGAGGUUUUCAAGUACAACCGCAUGCCUGCAGAAACCAACUUGCGGCUGAAAUGCAAUAAGGUGAUGAAAAUGGUAGAAGAGCAAGUUCCCUGGUUCGGCAUGGAGCAGGAGUACACCAUCCUGGGCACGGACGGACACCCCUUUGGCUGGCCGUCCAAUGGAUUCCCGGGACCUCAAGGUCCGUACUACUGCGGCGUGGGAGCAGACAAAGCCUACGGAAGAGAUAUCGUGGAGGCCCACUACAGAGCUUGCCUCUAUGCCGGGGUUCAGAUCUGCGGCACAAAUGCCGAAGUCAUGCCCGCCCAGUGGGAGUUCCAGGUUGGCCCGUGCGAAGGGAUCAACAUGGGCGACCACCUUUGGGUCGCCCGCUUCAUCCUGCACCGAGUUUGCGAAGACUUCGGCGUCAUCGCCUCGUUCGACCCCAAGCCGAUCCCCGGCAACUGGAACGGCGCCGGCUGCCACACCAACUUCAGCACCAAGGAGAUGAGAGAAGAUGGUGGACUGAAAGCCAUCGAGGACUCCAUCGAGAAGCUGGGCCGGCGGCACCGCUACCACAUCCGCGCUUACGACCCCAAAGGCGGGCUGGACAACGCCCGCCGCCUCACCGGCCACCACGAAACCUCCAACAUCAACGAGUUCUCGGCCGGCGUUGCCAACCGCGGCGCCAGCAUCCGCAUUCCGCGCAACGUGGGCCAGGAGAAGAAAGGCUAUUUUGAGGACCGCCGCCCCUCGGCCAACUGCGACCCGUACGGCGUCACCGAGGCGCUCGUUCGCACCUGUUUGCUGGGCGAAGAGGGCGAUGAACCCGCGGAUUACUGAAGCCGCAACCCCGUGGAUUGACUCCCGCUGCCAACUGCCCCCGCCCUCCUAGAUUGAUCUUUUCUUUUAAGUAGUACUGUAUUUUCCCACUGAGCUAGUUUAACCCGCAUUUUAAAUGGCUUCAAGUUGGCUGGUCAACUGAAAUCGGUUAAUUCGUGUCUUUAGUAGCCCUUCUUCCCCCCACCCAGGUCAUGACAGGGUACCACUACUACCGCCCGUCGUCGUUGGAAAGGGUUUGGCUUUUGUAACAGUUUUUCUAGCCAUGUCAAUGUUGUUCCGCCAUCCCACAAAUGAACUAAAAGCACAUGGACACUGAAGCGUAGCGCUGCUAAAGCCGGACUGCAUGUACGGUUUAACAAAUCUUUAGUUCUUGUCCUGCUAAUUCAUCCUGUCGCUGACCCAUCUCCCCGUGGUACUAACUUUUCAUUUUUUUUUUUUUUUUUUAAAUGAUAUUUUUAAAUGGCAACGUUUGUCUUCAGAUUUCUGACACACUGGGUUAACUGUGUUGGUCCGCUUGUAGAUGUCUGUGGCCACCAUUAUGUACGACGUUCAAAAAUGUGGUGGAUCUGUCCAUAAUGCCAUUUGUAGAGUUUUCCUCAAGGAGUUUUAUCCUUUCGUUAAUGCGCCCAGUUUGGUAAAAUUGUCAAGUUUACUGAACCUUGGUUAUUUUUCUCUUGAUACAUUUAAAACUUAUUUUUAUCACAA